AGCAAGAGAAACCUUUAAAAGCCACGCUUAUCCAUUCCGCUGUUGAUAAGAGAGACAAUAGUUUACCGUUAACACCCCCCAAAAAUCGUUGCCAUUCAAAAAUGCUGCUUUACUCCCUAAUUUUGUUUUUCAUGCUGACGGCAAAGAAUGGAGCUUUUGCUACAGAAACAUUUGUAACUUUUCAGCAAAAAUAUGGCAAGGUGUAUCAAAACGACUCCGAGUUGAGCGUGCGGGAGGAGAUUUUUAAGGAGAACCUAGCGAAAAUUGAGGAACACAACAAGCAGUUCCAACAGAACUUUGUUUCUUACGAACUGGGCCUUAAUCAGUUCAGUGAUUUAACUGAGGCAGAGUUCCAGGCUCUUUUAACAAUGUCGCCCUUAAGCGACCAACUAACUAAGCAAAUGGAAAAGUACAACAGCGAAUUUGAUAUUAAAACCGCACCAGUUUCGGUUAACUGGGCAGAGAAGGGCGUAGUUACACCGGUAAAGAACCAAGGAAACUGCGGUUCAUGCUGGACGUUUACUACGACAGGCACGAUAGAAAGCCGAUUGGCCCUCAAAACUGGAUCUUUGGUUUCCUUAAGUGAGCAACAGCUUCUGGACUGUAAUCGCGUCAACGCAGGAUGCGAUGGAGGUGUUCUAGCUUACGCAUUACAGUAUGUUGAAAGUGCUGGACUUACAACUGAAGACGAAUAUCCUUACAAAGCGUGGAACGGAACAUGUAAUUCAACUCAUAAACCAGUUGCAGCAUAUACUAAAGGGUAUACCUUGAUAUAUACUCGCUCGGAAAGCGAUCUUAUGAAGGCAGUAGCUGAAG